AGAAGUUGGGGUAAAAAUAAAGUUGGGCAGCUCGCGCUCAGUCUUCGCGCAGAUGCAGGCUGAGCCGCCGUGCGCCACCACGCCGCCCGGCAGGCAGGCAGGCAGGAGGGGCCAGGAACUGUCACGACUCGGCGACGCAGAGCGGUUCGUCACGGCGUGAAUCACGCAGGAAUUUCUGGGGUGAAACUGGGUUACAGCGUCAGUGCGCGCGGACCGCUUCACUGCCCCGCGUGCCAUUAUAAACUUCCGUCCUACUUUUUUUCUGUUGUUAUUUAUUUAUUUAUUUGGCGUCGUGCGCGCUGGAAUACGCGACGAACAAAAAAAAAUAUUAAAUAAAUUAAAAAAAAAAAAAAAAAGCGCAGGCAGCUUAAUCCGCGCAGGCUGCCCACCUCCCUGCGCCAGAGCUACGUCUCCUCCGCUGCUGCAGGCGGCUGAAAGCAUGCAGUGGGGCGCUGCUGCGCUGCUGCUGAACCGGCGGGCGCACGGCAGCCAGAGUGAGACCCCCGCGUAAACAGGGCGCCAGUGCAUGUGGAGCGUUUGUGCGGCGCGGAGGCUCGAGGAGGAGACGCUCUGCGCGCCGCCUCCAGCAUCCAGCGAGGACCUGAGAGGAGCUCAGCAGCACCGUUGCCCCCUUUCUCUCCCCUCCUCCCCCCUUUCCUGUCCUCCCCUCUCCCUCCAUCACCCCUGGAUGGGCUCUGCUCGCCUCUCGUAGCUGCACAAAGCGUCGUUUUUGCGCGAUGGCAUCGCACGGCUUCUGGUCUCUGGGCGCGCAGAGCGCAGGAGGAGACAACAGCAGCCCGAGCACGCCCCGGGCUUGGUGCCAAGCGGCGGCCCAAAAAUUCACAGGAGGCAUCGGGUCGAAAUUAUGUGCGCUGCUGAAUGUGGGGGAGAUGGAGAAAACCGGCGACCCCUCCGCCGCCGCAGACCCCAAACAGGGAGCGUCUCUGGCGGAGACCUGCAGCUGCAGCGACAAACCCUGCAGCUGCUCCAGAGCCGCGGUGGGCUUCUCUCACCUCUACUCAACAGACCUCCUGCCCGCGCUGGACGGCGACCUGAAGACGCUGAACUUCCUCCAGGAGGUGGUGGACAUCCUGCUGGCCUACAUCGUGGAGUCCUUCGAUCGCUCCACCAAGGUGAUCGACUUCCACUACCCGAACGAGCUGCUCCAGAGGAACAACUGGGAGCUCUCGGACGAGCCGGAGACGCUGGACGACAUCCUCAUCAGCUGCAGGGCCACCUUAAAAUACGCCAUCAAGACCGCCCACCCCAGGUACUUCAAUCAGCUCUCCACUGGAUUAGACAUGGUUGGCCUGGCUGCAGAUUGGCUGACGUCGACUGCCAAUACCAAUAUGUUCACCUAUGAGGUGGCUCCAGUGUUUGUCCUGCUGGAAUAUGUCACGCUGAAGAAGAUGAGGGAGAUCAUUGGCUGGGAAAAUGGCCGCGGGGAUGGGAUUUUCUCUCCAGGUGGCGCCAUUUCCAACAUGUACGCAAUGCUGCUGGCUCGCUACAAGAUGUUCCCUGAAGUGAAAGAGAAAGGGAUGUCAUCAGUGCCGAAGCUGGUGGCCUUCACCUCUGAGCAUAGCCAUUUUUCAAUCAAGAAAGGAGCAGCCGCCCUUGGAAUAGGUACAGAGAGCGUCAUCUGUAUUAAAGCGGAUGAGAGGGGUAAGAUGAUACCUUCUGACCUCGAGAGGAGGAUAGUGGAAGCCAAGCAGAAGGGUUAUGUGCCGUUCUUUGUGAGUGCGACUGCUGGUACUACAGUGUACGGAGCUUUUGACCCCUUGAUCGCCAUCUCAGACAUCUGUAAGAAGUAUGGCAUCUGGAUGCACGUGGACGGAGCCUGGGGUGGGAGCCUGCUCAUGUCCAGGAAACACAGGUGGAAACUCAAUGGAGUCGAGAGGGCAAACUCCAUGACCUGGAACCCUCAUAAGAUGAUGGCUGUGCCCCUCCAGUGUUCUGCCUUGCUGGUCAGAGAGGAGGGUUUGAUGCAAAGCUGCAACCAGAUGCAUGCUUGCUACCUGUUCCAGCAAGACAAGCACUAUGACCUGUCCUACGACACAGGAGACAAGGCCCUGCAGUGCGGGCGCCACGUGGACAUCUUCAAGCUGUGGCUCAUGUGGAGAGCCAAGGGCACCAUUGGGUUUGAAGCUCAAAUUGAUAAGUGUCUGGAGCUGUCAGAAUAUCUCUACAACAAGAUCAAGGACAGGGAAGGGUAUGAGAUGGUGUUCGAUGGAAAGCCGCAGCACACCAACGUGUGUUUCUGGUACCUUCCGCCGGGCCUGCGCUACGUGGAGGACAAAGUGGAGAAGAUGAAACGUCUGCACAAGGUGGCUCCUACGAUCAAAGCCAGGAUGAUGGAGUACGGGACAACCAUGGUGAGUUACCAGCCGCAGGGAGACAAGGUCAACUUCUUCCGCAUGGUCAUCUCCAACCCGGCUGCCACCUUCGAGGACAUCGACUUCCUCAUUGAAGAAAUUGAGCGUCUCGGUCAGGACCUAUGAAUAUGUGGAAAAAGAAGACUAUGUGAAUAUAAUCCAUAUUUAAGUAUUGUAGCAAUGUCGUGGACGUCUUGGUCCAAGAGCCCUGUAAAAGUGUUCAUGUCUGCUCCUGUCUACGUAAGCAUAGCUGAUAUAACUACAUGUGUUUUGGUGCGAGUGUGAUGAAUUAUUUGCUCCUGUCCUGCGCAAUAGGUCAUAUAUAACUUUAUAUUAAAUCUAUUUGACCUGACAUUCUAAGUGCCAGUCGCCACAAUAUAGAUAUAAGGUUUUAUUGAUAUAGAUAUAUAAUAGAGAGAGCACUUUAGCUUACCUCAACUCUUGCCUUUGCAAUCACAGGCAGCAUUUGAGUGCUUUCACGUUUUUUAUGGAAAUACACGGGGUACGCGGUUUUCUUUUAGCACUGUAGUGUUGUAUGUCUGCUGAUACAAAGUCUGCAUGCUGGUUUUCUUGUGAGUGAGCGUUUUUUUGUCUAGAGACAGCGGCGUUAUAUCCAGAGUUUCUAGGAGCUCUGUUCAGAGUGGACAGAAGAGGUGCUGCAUCUACAGCUGACAGCAAGUCUUUACUCAGAGCCAAAAAGUAAAGGAGCUGUAUCCCAAUCAGACAGCGUCUGUUUCCAGACCACAGAAAGCAGACUGUUUUCAUCUACAGCAAAAAGAUGUUUGCAGGUUCUGAUGAAGGCCUCAGUGCCCGAAACGUUAACAAGGUUUUAAGUGUUAGGUUUAAGUGUGUGACGUUUAAAAUCUAAAUUCUGCAGUACAGUGAAAAAAGUGAUGCCUUGAAUAUAUUAAGUGGAAUUCCACCAGAUUUUUUUUUUAAAAAUCAGCAUAAUUUAAUUGCACAAAAAAGUCAUUCUCCUGCCUUCCGCCCGAUGACUGCUGGGAUAGGCUCCAGCACCCCCCCGCGACCCUGACGGAGAAGCGGCUUAGAAAAUGGAUGGAUGGAUGGAUG